CCACAGCGUGAGUGUAUCUCCAUCCACGUUGGACAGGCAGGUGUCCAGAUUGGUAAUGCCUGCUGGGAACUCUACUGCCUGGAACAUGGAGUCCAGCCAGAUGGGCACAUGCCAAAUGACAAGACAAUUGGGGGUGGAGAUGAUUCCUUCAACACCUUUUUCAGUGAGACUGGUACUGGAAAACAUGUCCCCAGAGCUGUUUUUGUAGAUCUGGAGCCUGCCGUUAUUGAUGAGGUGCGUUUUGGGAGGUACCGCCAGUUGUUCCACCCUGGGCAGCUGAUCACAGGCAAAGAAGAUGCUGCGAACAACUAUGCCCGUGGACACUACACCAUUGGCAAGGAGAUCAUUGACUUGGUGCUGGAUAGGAUCCGCAAACUGGCCGACCAGUGCACAGGUCUUCAGGGUUUCCUGGUGUUCCACAGUUUCGGAGGCGGCACUGGCUCUGGAUUCACCUCCCUCCUUAUGGAGCGCCUGUCUGUCGACUACGGCAAGAAGUCCAAGCUGGAGUUCUCCAUAUACCCAGCUCCCCAGGUGUCUACAGCUGUGGUGGAGCCCUACAACUCCAUCCUGACCACCCACACCACCCUGGAGCACUCCGACUGUGCCUUCAUGGUAGAUAAUGAGGCCAUUUACGAUAUUUGUCGAAGGAACCUCGACAUCGAGCGCCCAACCUACACCAACCUUAACAGGCUUAUCAGUCAGAUCGUCUCCUCCAUCACGGCUUCCCUUCGUUUCGAUGGCGCCCUCAAUGUUGAUCUGGCUGAGUUUCAAACCAACUUGGUACCAUAUCCUCGCAUCCACUUUCCUCUGGCUACUUACGCCCCAGUCAUUUCGGCUGAGAGAGCGUAUCACGAGCAGCUGUCGGUGUCAGAAAUCACUAACGCCUGCUUCGAGCCAGCCAAUCAGAUGGUCAAGUGUGACCCUCGUCACGGCAAAUAUAUGGCAUGCUGCCUUUUGUACCGUGGCGACGUGGUUCCCAAAGAUGUCAACGCUGCCAUUGCCACCAUCAAAACCAAGCGUACCAUCCAAUUUGUGGACUGGUGCCCCACUGGUUUCAAAGUGGGCAUCAACUACCAACCACCUACAGUAGUUCCUGGUGGUGACCUAGCCAAGGUCCAGAGGGCUGUGUGCAUGCUGAGUAACACCACUGCUAUUGCAGAGGCCUGGGCUCGACUUGACCACAAAUUUGAUCUUAUGUAUGCCAAGCGUGCAUUUGUUCACUGGUACGUGGGCGAGGGCAUGGAAGAGGGUGAAUUUUCUGAGGCUAGAGAAGACAUGGCAGCUUUGGAAAAGGAUUAUGAGGAGGUUGGAGUUGAUUCCAUUGAUGAUGAUGAAGAGGGAGAAGGAGAGGAGUAUUAA